AUGGCCGACAGUCCUUCUUCCUCCGCCGGUGGCGACUCUCAGCAGGUGAAGCAAAUCCAUUUCAAGUUCUGCCGCGAGUGCUCCAACUUGCUUUAUCCUAAGGAAGACCGCGCCACCAACCAACUUAUGUUUACCUGCCGCACCUGUCACGUUGGUGAGCCCGCCACCUCUUACUGCGUCUACCAAAACAAGCUCCACAGUCAAGUUGGAGAUACCGCCGGCGUGACUCAGGAUGUGGGCUCCGAUCCCACGGUUUGUGACCCUGAUCUUUAUACUAUCCUAUGCGGCGACACCCCUUUCAUUGGCCAGGUCCAACCCAACCCCAUCCCCAAAAAGGAUCUAUCUGAUGAACUGUUGGAUGAAAUGUUCAUCGGCAAACUUCCCGAGGACUACCCCAAAAUCGAGGAUUUUAUCACUGAGGACAUCUUUCACGAAGAAAGCGUCCCAAUUGAGUCUGCCAAACUUGAGCGGGUCUCCGCCGACUCUAACCACACCCAUUCCCAUUGA